GCGGGGCCCCGCCGGGGGUGCCUGGCCACGCCGCAUCGCCGUGCACAGCCCCGCCGGCAGCACGGAGGGCUGAGCCGCGACCAUGUCUGAGCUGGAGAAGGCGAUGAUCGCCAUCAUCGAGGCCUUCCACCAGUACUCCGGGAAGGAGGGAGACAAGCACAAGCUGAAGAAAUCCGAACUGAAGGAGCUCAUCAACAACGAGCUGAGCCACUUCCUCGGGGAAAUCAAAGACCAGGAGACUGUGGACAAAGUCAUGGAGGCCCUGGACUGCGAUGGGGAUGCAGAGUGCGACUUCCAGGAGUUUGUGGCCUUCAUUGCAAUGGUCACUGCUGCUUGCCACGAGUUCUUUGAGGAGGAGUGAACUGGUGGGAAGCAGGCAACAUAAAUAGGAUCCAACUGAUCAGCUAAAAAUCCGUCUCUCAAGUGCAUCCGUUGUUUCUCGCCGCGGGAGUUGAUGGGAAUGACCCCGGGAUCCACGAUGACCACGACACCAACAAUGAGAUAAUGCUCUUCCAGGACCACGUUGGUCACCAGUGCCACCAGAUCCAGAGCUUCCUGCUCUGAGCCUUCCAGCUCCACCACCACCACCAGCAGGUUUGUCCAUGUAAACACAGCACUGUCAGAAUGACACACGUGUUAAUGGGGAGGAAAGAACAUCUGGACAAGUCACUAAAAGAGAUUGUAAAAAGAAAGACAAGGCCUCCCAAAGCUUACAGCUAAACCUGAAUGCUUUGAGGCUGGAGAGGAUAACAGCCUCAGUUAUAUCCAUAACUCAUUAGGGCCAAUUGGGAAUUAUACACAUGAGAAGACAUCAUCCGUGAAAUCCCUGAGAUGUGUUUACCACACCCACAGGUGUACAUUCUGACACUGCCAAGGAACUCAUAAGUUCUGCUUUAGAAGAAAUAAAAUGAUAGAGAAGAACAAUGCUGUGGUUCUUACCAUUCUGCAAUGCUCUUAUGUGCCCUGAUGACAGAGGUUUCGAUGUCGAUGGGGUGGUACCUCAUUCCUCUGAGCUCCAGUGUUUCAUCCAAAGAGCCCACCACAUACAAGGCAUCGUGCCUCUCUGCAAUACAGCACACACACUUCAACACCAGCACAGCUACAGGACAAACACAGCCACUUGUAGGAGCUUAUUCCUGACCUUCUAACAUGUUCCCAGUGCUUCCUAGGGGAAAGUCUAUAAGGCACGCCCCAGCAUUUGAGAGAAUUAAGAGCUCAUGCAGCACUUCUGCCUAUGAUUGCAAGCAACUGAAAUCACAAUGAAAAGAAUUUCUGGGUCAUCCAGUUCUGUCCUUUGUCUCAUGUAAUGUAACCCCUGUUGAUAAACCCAAGUAAAAUCCACCAUUAAAACAUCUUUUUGUUCCACUGUU